GGUUCCUCUAAGACAGGGUUAAGAAUGAAUAGAGGAUAUAUGCCGAAAGAACUUUAUUUCUGUAACGCCAAAUUAUUAAGCUACUUCGAUUAUAUACUUUCGGAAUCUCAUGGUGAAUCUAUGACAAAUUAUUUCUUAUCACAUAUAAGAUUUAAUUCAGGUGUUAAAUACAUUUCAAGU